UCUCCACAUUGUUGCAAAUAUGGAGAAUUGUUACCAAACCUUGCCAAUUGAAUCUUCUUCUUUCAUAGUUCCAUGGCCAUUUGAGCCUCCUUUCUCGGCUUCAAGCUCGGCCCGGUGCCACGGUUUCACUUCGUCGACGACACCUGGUGCUACGACUGCUUCCAAAAGCCAUAGCGAAGCCGAGAAGCGGCGGAGGGAUCGGAUUAAUGCACAGCUUGCAGCUCUGAGGAAACUGAUCCCCAAGUCUAACAAGAUGGAUAAGGCAGUGUUAUUAGGAAGUGCAAAAGAGCAAGUGAAGGAUCUAAAGCGGAAAGCAGCCGAAAUCAACAAAGCCUUCAUUCUACCUACCGAAACCGAUGAAGUAACCGUAGAUUGUGACAUUCCCGAAGACAAGAUGUUAAUGAGGGUGUCGGUUUGUUGCGAUGAUCGGCCGGAAGUGUUUGCGGAGCUCAUCCGAGUGCUCAAAGGGCAGAGUUUAAGAAUUGUUAAGGCUGAGAUUUCAAGUGUAGGUGGAAGAAUCAAAAGCGGUUUCAUCGUUUGCAUGUUCAAUGUUGGUUUUACUUGCACAUAAAGUGUGGAGUAAAUUUUUGUAUGAAUUAUAAUUAUAUAAAAUCCCACAUCCAUAGU